UUCUCUCUUCCAUCUAAUAAUGAUUAAUUAUAGCAAUGCAAGAGAUAUAAAAAUUGUGAAAUCAAAUUUUAAGCUCGAUGAAAGCUGAAGCUCGGAAAGGAACUUUAGCCAAUGAUAAGAUCAACUUAAAAAUACAGUCGAACGCGAGAUGAUGACCCCGUGAACCAGUUUUUUCUUUCAUUCGUAAAUUUAGAAUGCAUCUGAUCAGAAUUCCGCGUUAUCUUUAUUUUGAAAGAAUGUGUGAUCCCCUGAAUCUUUUGUAUGAAUUCGACCACAUUUUUUCCUCUAAUAUAUCAGUUCAUGCGAAUUAGAGUCUAUAUAAAAGCCGAAGAUUCAACUUUCUACUCUUAGACUGAGAACAAUUUUUCUCGCAUCUCGUCGAAAAUGGACGUCACUAACAAAGUGGCUAUCGUGACUGAUGGAUUGGGAGGAAUUGGCUUUUCGACGUACCUAUUGAGACUCAAAGCUCAGUAUGUCGCUGUUCUCGAUUUACCUCAAAACAACAGUCCACACGUCGUUGAUGGUUUAAAAACAUUGGAAGAAGAAUUCGGGAAAGGAAAAUUCGGUUACUAUCACGUGAACGUAGCAAACGCAGAGAGUUUCGCUGCUGUAUAUGCCAAGGUUGUAGAGCACAAGGGAUAUGUCGACAUUUUGGUGUAUAAUGCAGCCGUUGCCAAAGACACAGAAAUCGAUUUGACAAUCGAUGUCAACUUGAAAGGCGUGAUAAAAGGUACCUUGCACGCUGUCGAGCAGAUGGGAGUUCACAAAAACCAGAAGGGCGGUGUCGUGGUCAACAUUGCUUCGUUUCUUGGUUUGGUAAACUGACCCGCUGUUCCAGUAUAUAAUGCAACCAAACACGGAGUUGUUUCAUUUGUUCGAUCGAUGAAGGAGCACAACAAGUUUCUUGGAGUCCGAAUCGUAUGCAUAUGCCCAGGUAUGACCCAAACACAUUUGAUCGGCGUCGACACUUGGCGCAAAACUAUGCUUGAUUUCGUACCAACUGAAGCUAUUGAAGAUGCAUUCAGUAUCCAUUUACAAAAACCAGAUAAUGUAGCUUCUGCAAUUGUAGAAAUUAUAAAGAAAGGAGACGAAGGCGAUGUUUGGGUAGCUCAUAACGAUGAACUACCGUUUGCUGUAGGAGAAAUUACCGACGUGGAAAAAAUGCGCAUUUUGUUUUAGAAACUUUUUUUGUUAGUAAAAAUAAAUUGUUAAAAACAUGGUAGCUAUAUUCAACUAAAAGUAUUAUAUUUUAAUGGAAAAUAAAAUUUUGUAUCAUUUUAAUUAUUUAAACGUGUUUUAUUUUAUACACAUCACAAGCAAUGCGUCUAAUUUAUGUUACAACUUUAUAUCUAGAGUUUUGCAGGAUUAAAUUAGCGCUUAUCUGUCGC